AUGUUUCGUGGUCCGCGCAAGCUUGGCGCUGCUCCUGAGGUGUUGGCACUUCCCUGGUGCUCCCACGGGCGUCCGCGCCCACCUCGUCCACCUCAGGAGCAGCGCCAAGAGGGCGCGGACCAUGAAUGGAACGCCAAACGCGGGUCAGGCCCAAGACAGCUGCCACGACCACAGAUGAUGGACGAGCCGGGCGCGGACGUCCGUGGGAGCAACAGGGAGGGGCCAAAACCUCAGGAGCAGCACGUGGCGGGCGCGGACCGCGAACGGAACGUCCGUCACAGGACGGGCCUGAGACAUCUGCCACAGAUGGCGACCAAGUCGGGCGCGGACGGCCGAGGGAGCGCCGGGAAUGGGACAACACAUUACACGCAGCGCCAGGCGGGCGCGGAUGCGUCAGAGGAGCCCUCUGCCGUCCUGACUGCGUCGGCCGCUCCUGCUCCCGCCGCAUCCGAGGCCGUGCCGACACCUGAGGCUCCUGCGCCUCCACCACAGCUGCUAGUGGCGGACCCGGGUACUGCCUCUGCCGAGGCGUCGGCCGGACCGCGCCCCGCCAACAGCCGGCGCGGGGGUCACCGCCCCGUGGGUACCCAGCGCUCGGCACCAUCGGUCCAGCAGCCCCAGGUGGACUCUCACAGCGAAGCAGCCACGCCUCCCCCUUCCAGCGACGGGACCGCGCCGGCUGCCUCCACCGCUGACCUGGCCAACCUCGUAGCGCAGCUCACUGCCUGGUGA